AUGGCGUCGUUGCUGCAGUCGGAGCGAGUGCUGUACUUGGUGCGCGGCGAGAAGGAGAUGCGGGCUCCGCUGUCGCAGCUGUACUUCUGCCGCUACUGCAGCGAGCUCCGCUCCCUGGAAUGCGUCUCGCACGAGGUGGACUCUCACUACUGCCCCAGCUGCUUGGAAAACAUGCCUUCAGCUGAAGCCAAGCUCAAAAAGAAUAGGUGUGCAAACUGCUUUGACUGCCCCUGCUGCAUGCACACCCUUUCCACACGGGCCACAAGCAUUCCUGCUCCACUCCCUGAUGACCCAGCCAAGACUACCAUGAAGAAAGCUUAUUACUUGGCCUGUGGAUUCUGCCGCUGGACUUCCCGGGAUGUGGGCAUGGCAGACAAGUCUGUUGCUAGUGGUGGCUGGCAGGAGCCGGAGAAUCCUCACACACAGAGGAUCAAUAAACUGGUUGAAUACUACCAGCAGUUGGCUCAGAAGGAGAAGAUGGAGCGGGACCGGAAGAAGCUGGUGCGACGUCGGAACUACAUGCCCCUGGCCUUCUCGCAACACACUAUACACGUAGUGGACAAAUAUGGCCUUGGAACCAGGCUUCAGCGGCAGAGGCCCGGAGCACCUAUCAGUGCCCUCGCUGGACUCUCCCUGAAAGAAGGAGAGGACCAGAAGGAGAUCAAGAUUGAGCCAGCUGAUGCAGUGGAAGAAGUAGAACCUCUUCCUGAAGAUUACUACACAAGACCAAUCAAUCUGACAGAAGUGACGACGCUGCGCCAGCGCCUGCUGCAGCCUGACUUCCAGCCCAUCUGCGCCUCCCAGCUCUACCCACGCCAUAAGCACCUCCUGAUCAAACGCUCCCUGCGCUGCCGGAAAUGUGAGCAUAACCUGAGCAAACCAGAAUUCAAUCCAACAUCUAUCAAAUUCAAGAUCCAGCUGGUUGCUGUUAACUACAUCCCUGAAGUGAGAAUCAUGUCUAUUCCCAACCUGCGCUACAUGAAGGAGAGCCAAGUCCUUCUGACUCUGACCAACCCAGUGGAGAACAUCACACAUGUCACACUGCUGGAGUGCGAGGAGGGAGACCCUGACAAUAUCAACAGCACUGCCAAGGUGGCAGUUCCCCCCAAGGAGCUUAUUCUGGCUGGCAAAGAUGCUGCAGCAGAAUACGAUGAGCUGGCAGAGCCUCAAGACUUCCAGGAUGAUCCUGAUGUUAUUGCCUUCAGAAAAGCCAACAAGGUAGGAGUGUUCAUCAAGGUCACUCCCCAGAAAGAAGAGGGUGAGGUGACCGUGAGUUUCAAGAUGAAACACGAGUUCAAAAACCUGGCUGCUCCAAUCCGGCCCAGCGAGGAGGGCGAUCAUCCCUCGGAGGUCAUCUGGCUCACCCAUCACGUGGAGCUCAGCCUCGGUCCAGUGCUCCCAUAAACACUCCCCAUGCUUGUGCCCUGAGGGCUGGCUGCAGGAUGGACUGGCACAGUGAAGAGAGCACCUGCUGGAACCUCCUGCCAGAGCUCCUUUGUGAUGUGUGGGUGUGUGCCACGGGCCGCCAGAGGCGGCUGAGGGUGCCCUGCUUUGGGAUGGUUUGUUCUCUCUCUUUGUUGUAGUGCCCACUAACUACUGCUCUGCUUCCCCACUCUGCCACAGGCUAGUUUAACUUGCAGCACCUCUUCUGGCACACAGAAAGGCCUCCCUUUCUCCACAUCUGUACCACGCCUGGCUGAAUUUGGAUUUGUCAACAGAAAAGAACCCAUACUGGUUUUUCUUCCUGCCAGCCCACAAACCUGAUGUCACACACUCGGUAGUGAACACACUGAGUCUUUUCACACAGAGCUGUGCCCUUCCAGAACAAGCACUCUGGGAGGUGACCAUGGCUGCUACCUUGUGGGUAGGCUGUUGGCAGCACCACGAUGCUUUCUCUUGGUUUUCUGCUUCCUUAAAGGAUACCUCAGCUCUGGGUGCUCAGGAUUUACAACCCUGCCCCUCUUGCUUAGCCAAGGUGACAAGUGUGCUCUCACAAAAGGAAAUGAUCAGUUUGCCUUUAAACUCCAAAUGUAGUGUACUGUAGUGUUCCUGGGUUUGACUGGCAGCAGAGCCCAUCGUGUUUCAGGGCAAUGUGGCUGCAUGAUGCACUGUGAGCUGGGAAUUCAGGCACUGCUACAGCUGUUGGCUGGGGCAGGGAUGCUCUGGAGAAGCUGCUUUGCAGUGUUCAGCUCAAUUAACCUGUGUUGCUAGGGGUAAUGAUGGGAGUAUGAAACCUGGAAAGUUACGAUUAGAUCUGGUAUACAUUGAGCUGUAG